CGGAGCCUCGGGCCGGCAUGGGACCCGCGCGCGCCCUCCCUGCGCCCACACCUGUCUGAGCAGCGCGGCGAGCCGCGGCCGGGCGGCUGCUCGGCUCCGAGUGGUGCUCAGCAUGGCAGAGAUUCCAGGACUUCUCUUCCUUCUCCUCCUCCUCCUCCUCUGUGCAGUGGGGCAGGUGCACCCCUACAGUGUCCACUUGAAACCAACUUGGCCUGCUUACCGUCUCCCAGUCAUCUUGCCCAAGUCCACUCUUAACCUUUCCAAACCAGACUUUGGGGCAGAAGCCAAAUUGGAAGUGUCUUCCUCCUGUGGGCCCCAGUGUCAUAAAGGUACCCCACUCCCCACCUACGAAGAGGUCAAACAAUACCUGUCUUAUGAAACCCUCUAUGCCAACGGCAGCCGCACAGAGACCCAGGUGGGCAUUUACAUCCUCAGCAAUGGCGGAGGUGGGGCCCAGACCCAAGACUCAGGGUCUUCCAGAAGGUCUCGGAGGAAGCGGCAGAUUUACGGUUAUGAUAGCAGGUUCAGCAUCUUUGGGAAGGACUUCCUACUCAAUUACCCUUUCUCAACGUCAGUGAAGUUAUCAACAGGCUGCACUGGCACCCUGGUGGCAGAAAAGCAUGUCCUCACUGCCGCCCACUGUAUCCAUGAUGGGAAAACCUACGUGAAAGGAACCCAGAAACUCAGAGUGGGCUUCCUGAAGCCCAAGUUUAAAGAUGGCUCUCGAGGAGCCAACAGCUCAAGCUCAGCCAUCCCCGAAAAGAUGAAAUUUCAGUGGAUCCGGGUGAAACGUACCCACGUGCCCAAGGGUUGGAUCAAGGGCAAUGCCAAUGACAUUGGUAUGGAUUACGACUAUGCCCUCCUGGAGCUCAAAAAACCCCACAAGAGAAAGUUCAUGAAUAUUGGGGUGAGCCCUCCUGCUAGGCAACUACCAGGGGGCAGGAUCCACUUCUCUGGUUAUGAUAAUGACCGACCAGGCAACUUGGUGUACCGCUUCUGUGACAUCAAAGACGAGACCUACGACCUGCUCUACCAGCAGUGCGAUGCCCAGCCUGGGGCCAGCGGGUCAGGGGUCUACGUGAGGAUGUGGAAGAGACAGCAGCAGAAGUGGGAGCGAAAAAUCAUUGGCAUUUUUUCAGGGCACCAGUGGGUGGACAUGAAUGGCUCCCCACAGGAUUUCAAUGUGGCAGUUAGAAUCACGCCUCUCAAAUAUGCCCAGAUUUGCUACUGGAUUAAAGGAAACUACCUAGAUUGUAGAGAAGGGUAA